AAUGAGAGGGGAGGACAAGGGGUGGAGGAGAAGAAGGAGGAGGAGAUGGAGAGAGAAGGAGGGGAAAGGAGAGAGGACAAAAUAUUCAAAACAAAGGACGCUUUUGGACGACAGGAAAAGUUCUCGUAAACAUCCAGCUCUUACAAGGAUGGGCAGUCUUCCAAUCGCCCUGCUCCUCUGCGGUUUCCAUGCCCUCACAGCUGUAGCCCAAGCCCCGCAGGCUGAGGCGGAACUCCACAGAGGUGACUGGAAUGAAGAGGAGGCUUUGGUGUCUGUCUCUACCCUACCGCCUGACUGUAGGGAAGAGACGUACCCCUGUACCAGGAUGUACUCUGUCCACCGGCCCAUCAAGAGAUGCAUCCACUCCCUCUGCCUUUACAGCCUCCCUCGUGUCUAUGUGAUCAACAAGGAGAUAUGUGUUAGAACUGUCUGCCAACAGGAUGAGUACCUGAAGGCUGAACUCUGCAGGGAGCGGUCCGGCUGGCCCAAACGCUUCCAGAGGUCAACCACCAAUAAGAAACGCUGUCACAAUCGCCGCAGCAACCCCAAAACCUGGCAAAACAAGGCCUGAUGGGCCCAAGAUGGAGGAGAUGGAAGGAGGGGCGGAGGAGGAAGGAGAGAAAGAGAGAAGGAGGAGGAAGGAGUAGGAGGGAGGACACCCUUGGAGACAGAACACUGGGUUGUCUCCAUAAAAAGACCCCGAAACACCAUAAAUUCACCGCUCAACACCUGGUGCUAGCCUGUGCCUUAACACACAACCACAACCAUGCACACAUACACACACACACAAUAUAUAUAUAUAUAUAUAUAUAUAAAACACAGUCCACGUGACUCCAGUUAAGAACAGUCUGAGUCAUAUUUCUCAGUUAUUCUAUUAGCCCUGUGUUUUAUUAGAACUGUAUGUGAAUAUCAGGGGAGAAAUCACUCCCCACAGAUUGGACCUGUGUUUUAAUAGAACUGUCUGUGAAUAUCAGGGGAGAAAUCACUCCCCACAGAUUGGACCUGUGUUUUAAUUGACACGGAUCAUGUUCUGUGCCGUUGCGGGCUGUAUCAUACUGUUCAGAUGGAACGCUGUUGAGUUCCUGUAGUUGUGUACUGUAGAGACAGUCUGAGAACAAAGUAUCCACUCUGUCAUUGCUGACACCUUAUUGUAAAGCACUCUAUCACAAUCCAAUACCAAAGCAGUGCAAUACUACAAAGCAGUGCAAUACUACCCAAUAAAAUGUCAUUCAUU